AUGCCGACAAACCUGGAUUCAUCAUCCUCCUUGGUUCGGCAAUCAUCAGGGACUACGAUGACAAAUAGCAAUAACAACAGCAGUGAAAAUGAUGGCCAAAACAAGAAUCAUCAACAUGGGUUGAGUGAUCAAUCACUUUUACCCAAUGGUGCUUUACGUCAUCAUCGGGAUGAAUCCGAUCACUGGUUUUGUCUUGUUAAACAAUUAGAUAAGCCUCCUCAAAUGAAAUUAACCAAUAUUUUCCAACAAUCAAAGAAUCAGGAUUUAUUUAAAUUAUUUCAACUCGUUACGAGUAAGAAGGAAAUAUUUGAAAAAUUUUGGAAUCAUGGAAACGUCGAUGAUAACAAUAUUUCUUCCUCAAUUGUAUCAGAAUUGUCAAUGAGACUUCGAUCUAUUUUAUAUGAUUCAUUUGUUACAAAUCAUGUGCUAUUUAAUAACGAUAUUUCACUUGCACAAUAUUCACAAUUUAGUGAAUUUCAUAGUUUGGAAAAUGAUUUUACCUUAUUAGAGGAAUCAAAAAGCGACACAAACAAAGACCGUGUUCAUCCAUCUGACAUGUUGAAAUAUCACUACAUCGAACAAGCAUUUAUUUCCAAUCUCUUUACUUUGCAAUCACCAAUCAAAGUGCAAUACGAUGACGAAAGCGUAGAAUUUUUAUCAUCACUGAAGGAUGCUGACGCAAUGAUGAUGCCACUUUCUGAAGAGUCGGGAGAAGAAGAUGUUUCAACACCCACUCAAAAAAAGCAGAAAAAGAAAAUCAUCACAACUACCAAGCAGACAAAGAAAAAACCAAAGCAUGAGCAUUCCUGGGUUUUGACAGGAAACUCCUCUCUAAUUGCUCUUUAUGAUGCCAUGUGGAAUGCAUUUUCAACAAUUCAUGAUAUGGAAGAUGCUUGGCCUUUCAGAAAACCAGUCACAAAGGCCCAAGCAAAAGAUUACUUUGACAUCAUUGAAAAACCUAUGGACCUUUCAAAGAUUUCCAAAAAAUUGGAAUCCUUGUCAUACAGAUCCAAGAAUGACUUUCGUGAUGAUUUCAAGCUCAUGUUCAGCAAUUGCAGGACCUACAACACAGAGCCUGGUAACAUUUACGUCACGGCUGCGGACAAUUUGGAAAAAACAUUUGAUUCCCUCUUUGAUUCCAUACCAGAUACAGUCGUUGACAGCGAACCUGUUGAUGAAAAUAUACCUACAACGUAUGAGAUUGAGGAUGAUGGAUGGAAUUUCAUUGAUAGUGAACUUUCCUCAAAAAUUGAGAAUACACUAGUGCUGCCUGCAAAGGAUCUUACAACAUACAAGGAGUUGAAAAACAAGCUGAAACAAGAAUCUCAAAUUUGUAACAAUAUUGAUAUUUUCGAUCGUGACCAAAGAUGGAACAUUCUGACACGAGACUUGAGAACUCCCUCAGUGAAAUUACGAGAGCAAAAUAGAAUUCCAAAACUUCAACGAGAUGCUUUGGGAGCUUUUUAUUUGGAAAAUAUUUCGAGUGAAACUAGGUGCAAUUUUCCAGAGUAUUUUUACACGGUGGCACUUCCUGACUAUGGAACCAAGUUAUCGAGCUCGUCGUUGAGAGAAAUUGCAUUUCACAUGAUUGCCAAAACUCCAUCGGAGGAUCGAGUCAAAAACCAAAUGACCCAAAUCAGCAAUCUAGGUUUUAAACUGGGAUUACGAGAUCGAUCCAUGAUCGCUCAAUUUUAUAAUCAGAGUGCACAAUUAACAAAACUUCAACACACCGUACAGACCAUGUUAAAAUGUUCCUAUGAAUCAGUCUCAGGCGAGUGUCAAACACCAACCACUCUUCUCUUUAAAAAAGGUGGCGCAGAACCUUCUACACCUAAAUCACCUGGUGGUAGAGCCUCUAGAUCCAGUAAGACAAUCACUGCUACCAAAUCACCACCAUCUCCUCAAGAUGAAGGACCAUUUAUUGGAUUCAAUUAUUCGAUUUCCAAUGAUUGCUUGCUAAAACAAAAUGUAGAUAAGAUUAUUCAAUUGAGAGAAAAGCGAAAGAGUUUGUUGGCAUCUUCCCAUAAGCGUCAAAAUGUGAAAAGUAGUAGCAGUAGCUCAAAGAGUACCGAAAGUAGUGCUACUGCUACGGAUACUACUAAUCGUUCUAUCGUGACUGGAAAGAAUGAAAUGUUACUAAGUCAGAAUGCAACCUCUGGAAAUGUAUAUGACGCUCUCACUUGCAUUACUUCAAUGAUACUUUGCCAUGAAGGUUUUGAAGGAGCAAAAUUAGGCGCUCUUAAUGUGUUGACUGAUGUGUUACGUUCUUAUAUUUCAUGUUUUGGAUUGGUGCUUUCCAAUAACGAUUUGGAAGGAUCACUCUCUGAAGAACAAGUGAUGAUGCGAGCGUGUGAAGAAAUGUUUGGCAGAAAUAUCAUUGUGGAAGAUUUGAAACAUUUAAAACAAAGUGUGGAGAGUAGCGUGGAUAUGGUGAGCUCUAAACUCAAAAUUGUUGAAACCAAGCUCAAUACGAGAACAAACAAACCAACAAAAACAAAAGGAGCUACGAAAACAAAAUUGUCUGAGGUACAGCCAGAGAAGCAGAAGGCAUCUACUGGUAGUGGAUCUCCAAACACAACAACAACAGUACCUGAAAAUACAAGUGAGGCAGCAGCAACUGGUGCUGAAAGCCAAAUCGAUACAAAGGAAGAAGAUGAGGAAGACAUUUUGCAACUGACCUCACCUGCUGGAAUAUUGAUGGAUGAAAAUCUCUCAGAUCAAGAAGUGACUGAUGCCGCAGGAAUGGCCAAGAAGCGAAGUCGUGACGUUUUUGAAGAUGAUGUUCCUUUAGAUGACUUGGAAGGCAUUUAA